UGUGGACCAUUGGAAAAUGCGCACAUUAGAGAACGCAAACUCUGCAGCACAAAUUGUUAUGUCUUGUGUUAUUAAACUUGGUGAUAUUCUGUAAUGUGGGUUGUGUUAUAUAAUUUAAUUUUGUUAAUAGUAAGUGCUUGAUCCAGAACGUACAUACACGUGUAACACAUGGCGAAAGCGGUAUUUGUGAUAAUUGUUUAUUUAGCGUGUGUUAUUCAUUGGUGUUCGGGACAUACGCUGGAAGCAUGCGUAAUUUACGUGAACACAGAGGGCGACUCCGAGCAAGUUGUGAUGGACAUCGUAAACACAACAGCAAAUUUAUCAGCAGGCGCUGCCUUCAUUCCUCUCACUCGAGAACCAUGCGCAAAGGCGUCUAGGAUACAUCUCACCAUACUCCCGGCUGAUAUUGUUGGCAUUACCGAAACUCCGAGCCGGCUGUCGAUCGUCUAUGACAUCUCUAUGAUCCGGAACGGUACCUGGCUGAGGUCAUAUAUCCGGUCUUUGGACAUAUCAGCCUUUCGCAACUUCCGGCAAAUCAAUUGCUGGCUUGGGAUUCCAGUUUCAGACCACAUGCUCAUUCACGUGGCUAUCAAGGUCACUGGACAAGACGAGCGAGAACUAAAAUUUCUAGAUGCCGAUCUUAGAAUACCGUCGUCAGAGGCAAACACAUGUCGGGGGCUAUGUCAGGACAGCGACAUAGACUUCAAGACCAUUUACACGUGCCUAUCCAAUGCGACCUUGAUCCACUUGGCGCAUGUUCGCAUCCUCCGCGUGACCUUCACUCCGUCAAAUGGCAAUGCCAGUAGUCUGGUCAUCUAUACGCAUGGUGAGCGGAAUACCACGAUGUACUUUCCGAAUAUCUAUGACGGUGCCGGUAUAAUGGAGAUAACGUACAAGUAUUCAGAGUUUUACUGCAGCGUUCACAAAGAAGUCCGAUUGUUCUGUGAUCCGGCCUUGACAACCGAAUCUCAAUCGCAAGUUAAGGAUCCCAAAGUCGACUCGUUUGGAACAUUUGUUAUUUUCGGACUCGUGACGAUGUUGGUGUUCACGGUUAUCAUAAUUCUGAUAAUUUUUAUUGUGCAGAAAUUAAACUUUAUGAGGCGGCUAUGUUGCAACGGCAAAGAUAAAGCCACGCGAGACCACCAUCAACACAGAUCUACUGUGCUGUCGACAAACACAGAAAAUGUUAUAAAGCUGACUGCGUUACGUAAAAUUGACGAAAUAAAUGAAUUACAACCUCUUGCUUCGUCUGAAAAUCAUAGCAAAGGGACGCGUGUGCGCAGACAGAGUACAUCACCGAGCAACACCUCUGUUCCGCAAGGACUAAGAUAUGAUAAACCCGUUUGUGGUCGAAAGUUACAGAGGAGUGUAACGCAAGCCUUGUUACAAAACAUGAGCUCAAAUAGUACAUCUAUAUUACUGCUACCUCUGCCGUUUGAUCAGUUUACAAGGGACAUUGUCGAACUGUUGGGUACAGUUUUAAGUAUGGAGGCUAAUAUUCCUACACGAUAUUCCUUUGAUCGUGAUGUACAGGCGGAAUACUUUCGAGACGCCAAACUGUAUAUUGAAAAAUUGUGCUCGGACAUAAAUAAACUUCUAAUUUUCGUUUGCGUGACAAAUCUUGCAAAUUUACCAACUAAUAAAUCAGAGGAUCCUACUAGUCUCAUUAACGAUUUACUGCGGGCGAUGGAUGUCAAACGGUUACCCCCAAAGUGCAAAAUUGUUUUUUUACAUCUAACGGAUGACGAUAAGACGUUACAAAACAAGUACCAUGGUUUAGAUAUACACAUAAAACAAGAGAACUCAUUUGAGAGGUUUCUUGCCGAAGUUUUGAAAGAGUGCGGAAAAAGUUCAGAGGAAAAUAACUUGCUUAACAAAAUGGUAACGUGUGAUGCGUCAAAGCAAUUUGUAGAAUACCUUAAAGAGGAUCAUACCUAAAUUGAAUAAUUGUUUUGAAAUAUUCAUCGACAGCCUACAUAUUGUUUAGUAACAAGUGUAUACUCUUGGUUAAAUAAAAAUCAAAAUUCGUACAUGAAGUAGGCACCUUUAUACAGAAGAGAAUAAACGUAAAAUGGCAUAUGUACUUUAUUGGUAAAGUUUUGAUUCGUUUAUAUAUGGUAUUUUAUACCGAAAUUAAUAGCACAUGUUAGCACAAAAUUAGUUCUUCGUACUGUGCAACAAAUUGUGUUUCGAUUAAUCAAAGCAAUAUGUACGGUAGUGUAUGCUUUAGUUCUUGGGAAACAUAUCUUUCGUUUUAUUUAUCGAUGUUUUUUAAUUCAUCGAUUGUGCUUCAAGAAAAGAUGUGCGGAUAAAACAUACGUAGAUGUGUUGGCGUGUUUUCGAACAAAGCAUAUUUUUAAAUUACUUAUUUCUCCACAAAUUUAUUUUGUUGCAGAUGUUAAAUGAAUUCAUGCUAUUACAUUAGAUUGGACACAUGUCAGUUUUAAUUAACGUGUGUCACACAGCCAAUGCGACUUAGAUUUUAAUGAAACAUAUUUCUGUGUCAUAUUUCACAUUACAUUGAAAUGUUAAGAUGUAUAAGUUUAUACUAUUUUAAGGUUUACUUUUUUUAAAUGACCGCAUAUGAAUUGACGAUGUUCAUACACUUGCUAUUUAUAAUUACAUGUACAUGUUAUUGUCUUAUUUUCAGCUUAAUAUUGCAUUUUUGCCAAUAUUUAUUCUUCAUGUGUUGCAACAUUCGUAAACUUUGUUGUCUAAAUGUUUUGUAUUAUAUACAGCUAUGUUUUUGAUAUAUUUCCAGUCCAAACAUCCUUACGCCAUAUGAUAUUUUAAAACAAAAUGCACGUGUGUAUACUUUGCGCUGAAAUAUUAAAAUGUUGUCAAAUCCUAAGAUUAUUGCAUCCAAAUAAAUGAAACAAAAUU